UAAAGAUGAGUGUCGUAUUUAUGACUCUCUUCUCAGUAUAAAGCAACCAGCUGGGUUCCCUCCAUCUCACGUUUGAAGCUAUAUUUUAUUUUCUUUUAUUUUAUUUUCUUCUCUUUCUUUCUCUCUAGGUUCGAGAAAGUGCAACAGAAUCCUAAAGAAAACCCAACCCAACCUCCUUUGAAUAACCCUUGUUUUGAAGCAAAAAUAUAACACAAAACAAACUUCAAUUUCCCCUCCUUACAAUUAUAUACCAAUUCUUUUCUCUCUUUCUCUCAACAACCCAAAAUCAAAUUUCUGUCAUGUAGUUGUUUUCUCUCAAAGCUUUAGCUUUAGACCAUAAUAUUAUUGCCCAAAGAGAGAUAGAGAGAAAAUGAGUUGUUAUUCUCCUUCUUGUAAGCUUGGUAAUUCACUGGCUGUUAUGGUCUUUAUUUUCCUUUUGUUGGUGAAUGGUUCCCAUCAAAGGAGGCAACCGGUCGCAGCAGAGAUGGAGAAGGCAACGGUAACGAUAACGGCAACAAUGACAGCUGAAUUCAGUGGAAUUUCGAAAGAGAUGAAGGUGGUUCACGGCGGCCGUGGGAAGGUUGUUCAUCCAGAGUGGCAUCUCAACUACAUGAGCAAAAGAAGAGUUCCCAAUGGCCCAGAUCCUAUUCAUAACCGGAGAGCUGGAAACUCUGGAAGACCACCAGGCAAGGCUUAGCCUUAAGAAAGAAAGUAAAGCUUUGUGGGAAAAAUUGAACUUUCAAGAUGAAACAAGAUGCAUGAUCUGCCAUCUUGUAUGUAUUACUUUAGGUACUAAUGAUAAAAAACUUAUCGGAUCGAUUCUUCGUUAGAAUUUAGGACCCUUUUGAUAACAUUUUUGUUUAUGUGUAUUUAUUACAACUUUCUUUGAUCUAUCGUCUACUUUAGAAAAGAAAUGCAUUUUUUAAAAUUAAGAAAAAAUUUU